AACUAACUGCUCCCCCUUCCCCCCCCUCCCGCAUUUUCCACACGCUUUUUUUUUUUUUGGUAAUCGCACGACUGGCUGUGCGCUAGGUCAGUCAUCUCUAGCCACACCUAACGAGGCUUGUGAUUGGAGCAGAGAGGCCGGAGGCGUGGCGCUUGGGCUUGGGGGCCGUGUGGGCACAGCUCCCUCCCCUCAGCAGGCCUUUGGCGGUCACCGGUGGGGGUUAGGCUUAGCCGCGUCCCACAAACCUCGCUGCCCCCGCCCAGGACACCCCUCCGGCGCCGCUUGGGCUCGCCUACUUCUUCGCCUCGGCCAACAUGAGCGAUUUUGGUAUUAGCAGAGGAACCUUAUGGAUACCAAGAACCCACUGAAGAUGGUUUUUAGCUUAAAUUCCCAGUUGAGACCAUGAUAUUUCAGAAGAAAUGGUUAUUAUCAAGAAUGAGAAGCUAGAUGAAGGCAGCAGUAAUGAUGGAGGAAAUUGUGAGGGCCAGGAGUCCCAACAUUCCCCUCUGGCUCUGCUGGCAGCCACAUGCAGCAGGAUUGAAUCUCCCAGUGAGAACACUGAUGGUUCACAGGGACAACAGGGAAACUCAAGCGAACUGGACCUUACCAGUCAAAUGUCUCAAAAUGGAAAUGACUGGCAAAUAAUUUCUACUCCCUCUGGGGCUUCCAACUCCCCCAAAGACCAGGGGGGCAACAGCAAUGAGGAAAAUGAUUCAUCAUCCAAAAACCAAGCUGCUUCCACUGGGCAGUAUGUGGUUACUACCACCUCCAAUAUGCAGAACCAGCAAGUACUGGCAGGCUUGUCAGGAAUGAUACCCAACAUUCAGUAUCAGGUGAUCCCUCAGUUUCAAACUGUAGAUGGACAACAGUUGCAGUUUGCCACUACUCCUACCCAGGUCAGCGUCCAGCAAGAUGCCUCCGGCCAACUGCAGAUCAUUCCUGGAACAAACCAGCAGCUCCUUACAAACAGAUCUGGGGCAGGCAAUAUCUUGGCGGCUAUGCCUAAUCUUUUGCAGCAAGCUGUUCCUAUUCAGGGAGUAAAUACCCUCUCAGGACAGACUCAGUAUGUCACAAAUGUCCCACUGGCUUUGAAUGGCAAUAUCACUUUGUUGCCUGUUAACAGCAUUGCAGCCAGUUUGGCACCCACUUCCCAGUCGGUGACUUUAAGCAGCUCUGGUUCUCAAGAGAGCAGUACUCAACCAGCAGCAUCUUGUGCUUCGGUCAGUUCCUCGGGUGUGACUGUAUCCCAAGCCAACUCUGUUGGUUUUUUUACCAAUGCCAACAACUACAAUGCCACUACCACAACAAGUAAUUUGGGCAUCAUGAAUUUUUCCACCAGUGGCACUGUGCAGAGGACGAGCAGUGCUCAAAAUACCGAUGCUCUGCAGGUUCCUGGAGCUGCAGUCCAGCAAAGCCAACAAAAGGAUGGUGAUCAAAGCCAGCAGCAACAGCAGAUCCUAUUGCAGCCUCAGCUUGUUCAAGCAGGCCAAGCUGGCCAGGCAUUUACUACUCAGGAUGCUUUGCAGAACCUUCAGAUCCAGGCUCUCCCUAAUGCUGGUCCUAUCUUUAUUCGAACACCCACUGUGGGGCCAAAUGGGCAAGUGAGCUGGCAGACUAUUCAGCUGCAAAAUCUUCAGGUUCAGAAUCCACAAGCUCAGACAAUCGCCUUGGCACCAGUACAGUCCCUGGGGCAGACUGGGACCACCAACACAACCCUCACACCAAUAGCUUCUGCAUCUCUUCCCAGUGGCACUGUCACUGUAAAUGCCGCUCAGCUGUCUUCUGUACCAGGCCUUCAGACCAUUAAUCUUGGGGCCCUGGGAUCUGGCAUCCAAGUUCAUCAGUUUCAAGGGCUUCCACUUGCUAUAGCAAAUACUACAGGUGAUCAUAACACCCAACUCAGUCUUCAUGGUACUGGCGGUGAUGGUCUGGGAGAAGAUACAACAACCUUGGAAGAAGGCGACACUAGUCCAGAUGCCCAGCCGCAGCAAGGCCGAAGAACACGCAGAGAAGCAUGCACUUGUCCUUACUGCAAAGACAACGAAGGAAGGAACUCUGGAGAUCCAGGCAAAAAGAAGCAGCAUAUCUGCCACAUCCCAGGUUGCGGGAAAGUGUAUGGAAAAACCUCUCACUUGAGAGCCCAUCUUCGGUGGCAUACUGGGGAACGACCAUUUGUGUGUUCUUGGAUGUAUUGUGGCAAGCGUUUCACACGCAGCGAUGAAUUGCAGCGACACAAAAGGACACAUACAGGGGAGAAGAAAUUUGCCUGCCCAGAGUGUCCCAAGCGCUUUAUGAGGAGUGAUCACCUCUCCAAGCAUAUCAAGACUCACCAAAACAAGAAGGGAGCUGCACCCAACAGUGUGACUGUAGAUGUCUCCACUGUCUCCAUGGACACAGGGGCGUCAGGAGAAGGCAAUGGGGUAGCAACGCAGUCUGCCCUCAUUGCGACCAACAUGGUGGCCAUGGAGUCUAUCUGCCCUGAAGGGAUUGCCCGCCUUGCCAGUGGUGGUAUCAGCGUUAUGCAAGUAGCAGAUCUCCAGUCAAUCAACAUCAGUGGCAAUGGAUACUGAGCACUGUAGACUGUGCAGCUUUGUGCAAAUUUGGGAUUGUUGGGAUAGCCAUGGGUCCAAGAGGUGAGGUCUCAUUACAAAAGUGGUGAAAGAUGGGUACUCAGCUGCAGUACCCAGCCUUUAAAAACCCAUUUCUGACUCCCAGGAAUACAGAAUUAGGCCUGAUUGCGUUUCAGGUCAGCCCUGAUGCAAAUGUCCUGGGGAAAUGGGGACAGCCAGAGUUGCUUGGUUCUUUUUCCUUUGUUCCUUCACCCGUAUAGCAGUCUUUCCACCCUCUUGUUUGGUAUUCCAGAUGCCAUCAUGCCUUGUUUCUAAAUGUAUAUGAUCAGUGAAAUACUUUUUAGGAGAAAAAAAAAUCUAUAUUAUUAUUAUUAUUGUAAUUAUAUUAUAUAAAGUAUAAAAUAUGUUCAUUUUGAUGAAAGAGGUUAAAAUUGCUGUGACCAAAGUUUUGGUCGUCGUUUUGAUGCCUUAACUUAGAACUUCUUGAGCUGUUAGGCUAUGCUUGGACUUACGUUCAGAUGCUAUUUUGCAUUUUACACUGUAACUAUAAAAACAUAAAUUUGGCUUUUUGUAUGCUUGGCUUUUAGGUUUAUCUAUCUCCACCCUCUAUCCUUGGUCAUUUCAGAGAAAUCCCACUUCUACCCCUAAAAGGUUUUUCUUGAUUAUUUUCUCCAUUAACUGCUUCUUUUUCCCAGCUUGGGACAUACAUUUGUUUCCCAUCAGGCAUUUUUGCCAGAACAAUAAGUAUCCAUGAUCCAUAACAUUUUCCAGUUUUAUAGGAGGGAAGGGGCAGCAAGGGAAAUUGGUAAUUUGACAUUGUUAAUGUUUUGACAGAGAUUGCUAGGUCUUCAGAUGCUAGAAGUUUGUCACCAGCAGGAGAGAACAUUUCUUUUUCCAGGUCCUAACAUAACGUAGCCUGAAAUGAUAUAACCUGCAGUGGAAUAGAAAACCAAGUAACCUGGUAUAUGUGCAGUUGAUGAUUUAUUGCAUAUGUGAUGAUUUGUUUUAAAAAAAACAAAUUAAGACAUGGACUUUAAAAUAUGUCUUGGUAGUUCAACUAUGGAAGCUUGUACCUUGGGGGAAAUGAGAUCUAUCGUGUGUGUAAUGGGAAAAUACUGUGGCUGUAUAAGACCUGGGCGUGGGGUUAGCUUCUGCUGAUGCCUUGCAUUAAAAUACUCUAUCACUUCUCCAGUUAUAUUCAACUUGCUUUUGCCCAGUAUUCAGUUAGCUUGCCGAGUCAAAUAACCCUGACUUGGACUUUGUAGGCCUCCUUUCCCUUGUAGAUGAAUUACUAAGGUGUCCUUAGUUUGCAGUUAUUUUUCAGCACUGAAAUCCUUCCCAGCUAUCACAUUUCCUUCAUGAUAGUGUAGCUGUGUGGGAACACUCACAUAAAGAAAUGGAUUAAGUGAGUGAGAUGCUAGUGGUCCUCAUAGACAGUAGACAAAUAUGUGAAGGUCAUAAUAAUGGGAAAAGAAGGGAUAGAGAGUUAGAAUGUUGCUUGGAGUGACUUGAACAAGGCUUUGGUUUGACACUUCCACUUUCUUUUGGUUUACUUUAAAAAGCUCAUGUCAGCUGCAGAGACAGGCUUUCCCCUUUUGACAUUGCAGGGUCUUUUUCCAAAACUAGAAAUAAUUUUCUGUUAUUUUUUAUUUAACAUCAUCCCUCACCCCUACCUAAAACAAGAUCAGAGGAAGGGAAAUAUGUGGCAUAAUUGUCCCUGGCACACUUUAGGUGGCAUGAAGGGGGCCCGUCUUAUUUUUUUUUAAAGGAAUUCAGGAAGGCAUGCAUGGAGGUGGGACUCCCAGACUGCUGGGAAUUGCUCAUGCUUGCCUUAGAACAGUGGUGCCAAACUUGUGGUCCUCCAGGUGAUUUGAACUUCAGCUCCCAACAUUCACAGCCAUUGGACAAGUUGGCAAGGGAUUCUGGGAGUUGGAGGCCUAAUCAUCUGGAGGGCCACAAGUUUGACACCCCUGCCUUAGAAGAACAAGGUUUGUUGGCUUGUCUAAAUUCAGUGUUAACACUACUGAAAUGGAAGUUGGUGCUUGUACCACUUCUUUUGCCCAACCGGUUGUCCAGUGUGGUGUCUUGUCUGGUUUUCACUUUGCACAGCUGUUUGCACAAUACAAUCUGUGGGAUAUUACCUUGCAUCAGAGUCAAAAUGCUCCAAUGCUCGCAUAGUGACAUAAAAAGGGUAUGAUCUAUUCUUCUUAAACAGCUCUCUUGUCAGUCUCCCUCAAAGCACAGUAUCCUGUGUGUGUGGAUCAUUACUGUUGGCGCUGUAUCUUUUCUGUUUCUUCCACAUCUUUUUGAGCUGUUAGUUAAAGCAAGACAGUUCACCUAGAUGAAGCAAAGUGCCUUCCCUCAAAUAUUGAAAGAAAACAGCAGAGACUUUGGUACCAUUGACCUAACAGUAUUCAUCCUGCAUUUAAAAAACCAAGCAGAUAUUUGCCUCAAUUGGAGGCCACUCUUCCUUUUCUUAAAGAUGAAUAGUGUAUGGGCUUGGUUGGGUAGCCUGGUUUUCUUACUGCCAUUGCCUUGUCCCUAAAUACUGCCUAUUACUUCCUCUCGACAGGGACUGAGGUUCAAAUCACAGCUCCCCUUCCCUGCUACCUCUCACAGCUCUUCUCUCCUUUUCCAGCAUCUCUUCUUCUGGUGUCUUUCACUGGGCCAUCCUUCUCCUGCACAGAAAUGCCUCUGUUUUUGUCAUUGGGCUGUGAUACCAAUUAUGUUGAUUUCAAAGGCAGAAGUAGAACAGGUUUUUUGGCAGACAGGAGGAAAUAAGCUCUGCCACUACAUUUCUUCAGAAUUUCGCUAAAUAUAUUAACACUCAUCUUUGCUAGUGGGCGCCUAGUGGCUUGCAUUGUGUAGAAUUUUCAUGAUCUUUUCAGACGUAAGGAAAUUUGGCCUUCAUUAUUUACUGAAAUGGGUCAAUCAGGGUUUGUAAUAGAAAACUGGUGCUCUACUUGUUCCUGUCUUCCAAAGAAAAAUCUUACAUGACACAAUAUGUCAUAUAAAAAGAAAGCAACGUGUGGUACGAGUUGGGGUGUGGUGAGUUGUGCAGUGAAUGACCUGGUUUGUUUGGUUUUGUUUUAAUUGAGAUAAAAGUGUAAAGUUGAGCUCUGCUCAAUUGCUUUAAAAGGAAUAUGAAGGUGGGAGUGAAACUUAGUGUCCCUUCCCUCUGCGGUUUAGCAUGCUCUUGGUUUGGUCAUAUUGUUUUGCCAUGCAGGUUUUGGGUGGGAAAUAACCAAGAAAAGGAGUGUGCCAGUAUGCUUGUGAAGUUUUAGGGCUUUUAUUAAACUGAAGGUUUGAUACCAGCAUAUAAAAGGAAGCAUUUGUAUCCUGAUGUCCUGUUUGUCCUGUUACUGGUGACAAAUUCUGAUUAGAUCAGAGCAAAGGAACAUACCUAUCCUUUCAGAUCUUACUGUACUAUGUCAGUGGCUCUCAACCUGUGGAACCCCAGGUGUUUUGGCCUACAACUCCCAGAAAUCCCAGCCAGUUUACCAGCUGUUAGGAUUUCUGGGAUUUGAAGGCCAAAACAUCUGGGGACCCACAGGUUGAGAACCACUGUACUAUGCCUUCCAUUAUUCCUUGCCAAUAGCUGCUCAUCCACAUCUAGAAGGUAACAGUUGCCCAUCUCAGAGCGACAUUCCUUUCCACAUACUCAACAAAUUAGAAAUGAACUGGUAUCAAAAAUUAUUUAACAAGCAUGACAUAGCCUAUGAAAUUUAGCAAUACAUAUCCAGUAAAUUUUAAAAGAUUGAGAAUUGAGCCUGUAAAAACCUGACCCCCUUCAAAGCAAAAGUAAAUAUGAUUAUUGCUUUAUACACAUUUUAAUUACUUUUAACAGAAAGACUGUUGAUAUUUGUAAUGACAAGGUUUGUUCAAUUGUUCUGCCACAUUGUUGGGAAAAUGGAGAUUGUUCCCUCAAAAUUUCUUGGUGUUUUUGCUGGAUGAGAUCUGAGAAACUAUGAAAUAAAUCCUACUGUUGUCUAGUACACUCCUAACUACAGCAGGCCACUGAAUCAAUUGGACUUACUUUUUGUUGACUCAUCACUUAGCAAUUUAUUAAAGUGGCCUACUCUAAUUGGGACUAACCAACACUUUUCUUAAUAGAAAUUCUGUUGGUGCCAAAGAUACCAAGGAAUGAUUUAGCCAUGGAAGUGUUAGUUUGAACCAAGAUUCAUUCAGAGGCAAUAUUUUCUACACAGAUUUUCUAGUCGGGAUAGAUCCAAAAAUGUGGAUUUCAAAAGCACAAGUCGCUGGGUUUAUUUUGAACAUUAAGUCUGCAUUUACAGUGAUGCAUCUCAGGAUUCCAACAAAGAAAAGGUAGCAGUGUUAAUACUGAGAUGACUGAGCACAUUUUUUUGUAUUGGUGGAGGGAAUAAAAGAAGACUAAGCUACCUACCACAUGCCAAGCAACAAUGAAAUUAAUCAAAUCUAUGCUAAUCACUCAUCCUGUUCUGUUCAUGUUUCCCAUGCAUAUUUUCUACAGUGAAGGAUGUUAUUCUUUAAAUCUGUACGUUUUUUCUUUUUUAGCAAAAAAGCAGUGUUUCUUCACUCAGACACUGUGUGGCAUGCAGUAGGAAGCAGGUUAAUGCUGGAGUGGAUACAAUUUUGUCCUAGAGCUGGAUAUGUCUGUGAGGGCCAUUUUGAGAUACAUCUUCAAAAUGGGUUUAUUUUUAAACAAAAAGCAUCCAUACAGCCUCUAAAGUACAGGAACACAUGUCUCCCUCAGGACUGUUUUAAGACUAAGGAAUGUAUUUUCUAAAACAAAUAAGGAUCUAGACCAGAAGUUUCAGUUGGCUUCCCAUUUUUAAAGAAAGACAUCUCCUCAACCUAAAACGGGGGGGGGGGGGGGGGGGG